UCUUCCUCAGCUCCCGUUCUUCUCGCGGCCCGAGGCUGAAACCUCUGCAGCGGCCUCCUUUCCGAAGAGGUGCUAUGUUCCCGCUCCCCGGAGGGUCACCUCUUUGGAGGGAGUCUGGAGCCUUGUUGCCUUCUGUGGGAAGGAGCAGAGGCACCCAGCAGUAGGUGUGAGGUGAUCUAGCCUGGCUGUCACUGUAGCCUGGCUCCCUGGCAUCUGAUGAUGAGUCUGACCCCCUCCAGGGGAUGUCUCCUGGACCUGCCCUGGGAAGACAUCUUGGUUCCACAUAUCCUCUGUCAUCUGCCGCUGCAGCAGCUCCUGAGCCUGCAGAGGGUCAGCAAGUCGUUCCAGUCUCUCAUACAGCUGUACCUGGCCAACAUGCGCUGCUUCGACUCAAGCCAGAUUGGGCCUGCCAUCCCUCGAGCUGCAUUUGUUAACCUGCUGAAAGACAAUGAAGUACUGCAGCAGCUGGCUCUCCAAAACUGCUGUGACUGGCUGACAGAUAGGGAACUGCUCCCAGUCAUCGGGCAGAAUCACCAACUGCACCAGAUCCAGCUGAAGGGCUGUGCUCAGCUCAGCCGCCAUGCACUGGUGGCCAUCUCGCUGAGCUGCCCCAACCUGCGCCAGCUCUCCCUGGCUCACUGCGAGUGGGUGGACAGCCUGUCUCUGCGCAGCCUGGCUGACCACUGCAAGGCACUGGAGGCUGUGGACCUGACAGCCUGUCGCCAGCUGAAGGACGAGGCCAUCUGCUACCUAGUGCAGAAGUGCAGCAGGCUCAAGUCUCUGUCACUGGCUGUCAAUGCCAAUGUGGGUGAUGUGGCAGUUGAGGAGAUUGCCAGGUGUUGCCCUGAGCUGGAGCACCUGGACCUCACUGGGUGUCUGCGAGUCAAGAAUGAUUCCAUAAGGGUUUUGGCUGAGUACUGUCCCAAGCUGCGCUCGCUGAAGGUGAAGCAUUGCCACAAUGUGGCCGAGUCCAUCCUGAGCAUCCUCCGAAACCGUGGGGUGGAGCUGGAUGUGGAGCCUCCACUGCAGGGGGCUCUAAUUCUCUUGCAGGAUGUCGUUGGCUUUGCUCCUUUCAUCAACCUUCAGAUCUAGAACUGCUGCUGCUAGGGAGGAGGAACUGAUGUGACACUGGGAUCCUGGGAGGAUGCUGGAACUGGCUGCUGUGGAGAUGUGCAGAGGGAGAGGUUGGUUCUCUUGACAAGGCUGGCCCAAGUGGGGCUCAUUCUCUUCUGGGGCUGUUCAGCAGCCACUGGGUGUUCACAAGUGGGCUUCAUUGGUGUCUGUGGAAAAGUAACUUCCUCUGCAGUGGUGUGAAAUGAGUGAGUGAUGUGGGAACACCGUGGUGCUGAACAGACCUUGACUAGGCCAACUAACAGAUAGGAUUUAUUAUUUAUUGUAUUUUAAGUCUCCAAGUGGCAGCUGUCCAGUGAACAGGAGAGUGUUUGAUGAGGACUGUCUCCUGGGGUGGGUGUGCAGGGCAUACCAGCAGGCCAUCUGAAGAAAGGAGAAAAGCCACUAGUCCUCCUCCAGGGAGAGGGCAGGUUCCUACUGGUCUCAGGAGGAGGACAGAGUGAGCCCAGUUCCAGCCUGGCACUAAAGGACUAGCAUGCCUGUGGUGCUGGCAAUGUAUCUGUCCAGGCCUAGGGGCUGGUUUAAGCUGGUGCAAGGCAGCAGUUGUUUUCAGGGGUAACAUGUUCCUAAAUGCAGUUUCACUGACAGAAAAAUGCCAAACUUAGCUUUGCUGUCCCUGAAAGCAGCUGGUCAUUGCCACUGAUUUCUUCCAGCUUCUGAUUUAACAUUUCAUUAGCACUCAGGCCCACUCGGGUAUCCUGCUCUGUGUCAUAUGGCUCCAGCUUUGGUGCUCAACAGUGGUGAGAAACGACAGGAGCCCUGGCUGUGCUGUCAGCUGAAGUUUAUGGAGUGCUGCAGGUUGCGUUGGCAUGGAGAGCCUAGCUCUGGUUUAGGAGUUCAGUGUCACCCCUUGUAUCUGCUAGGCAGUUAACCAGAGAGCCCCAUCUUGUGAACACGAUGAAGGAAGGAUGACCCUGCUUCAGACUCUGGCCCUAGGAGGGACUGAAGACUGUAAAGAAUGUGCAUGCUCCAGCUGAACUACACACAAAGUCACAUCAUCUUUAUUAAUACUGGCCCUCCAUUUAAAGCAACAGUACACACAGACCUGUAAAAAGCUUGCUGCAAAAACACAAGCCACAUCUUAGAUCUAAAGAUGUCCCAUGCAAAGAAUAGCAGAGAAUGCCCAGGCCCUGGAGAGCUACUGUGGUGUUCCCCUGGGGACAGCUACACAAGGAAAGAAGUCUCCUCCUUUGUCAUCUGGGUUAGCUGAGGAAGCUGAAGGCUAUGUUUGGGCUCCCAGGUUAGUUCCAGUUAGUGAGACGUGGAGGAGUCCCCUCACCCCUGGUGCCACAUGUCCAUCCUGCCAUACCUGGCUGGCGAGGUGGAGGAUGAAUAGCAGGAGGACCUGGUUGUCAGUGGAACUUGUACUUCCUCGCUGGUUUGAGGCUGAUGUAGGUUCUCUUCAUCUCCUCACUCUCAGGCUUCUUGAUGUCUUUGUACCUCUCUCCCUUGGUACUCACCACCUGGUUAUCAAUAUAACGGAUCAACUUCUUGGGAGCCUGGAGAAAAAAGACAUUAACACCAAGAUGAUGGACAGCCACACUGCUACAGAAAGGGAAGGGACAAACAGAAGAGACCUAUGCUUUGGGGGGAAGGUUGAGGAAGAUUAGGGUGGGCUCCUUUACCCAUCCUUUGUGUUGGCAGUCUUGGCUACAACUGCAAAAGGAAGCUAUCUGAUGGAGGGGAGCAGGAACCAUGCUAGUCAGGAAUGGUAGGAACUGACAUACACUGCAGUACCUUAGCUAAGCUAAUCUUCCCUCUUUGCUGACAAGUGUGCUCUGUGAAUGGUCCUGCCUUUGGUCUGCCCUGUUAAUUUUUGACUUGCAGCUUGGUUUUUAAACCUUGUAGCUAAAGGGCAUUCAAACUGCUUGUGAGCUGGAACUCCUCCUCUUACCUCUUUGGGUGGAGCUGGCCGAUGUGUUUUCUGAUCAUCUGCACUAUCCACCAUCAUGUAUCUGAAAUACAAGAAACAUUUAGUGAAUACUGUAACAUGCAUUAUGUGGGGCUAUUCACAACCUGUGUCCUUUCUUAACUGGCUGCUUUGUGGCUAUGCAAUGUGUGCUACUUGCCUAGACUGCAUCUAGGAUCACUUGAUGUUCCCCUCUGGAUAAACGGACAAGAAGUGUAUGAUCCUUCUGGUGAGAGGAGGCUGUAUGUGAAAGGUACUGAAAACCUGGGCUGCUGAGAAUGCUGAUAGCCUUCACAGAAUGUCAGGGGCUGGAAGGGACCUUUUAAGUUCAUCUAGUCCAACACCCCUGCCUGAGAGAAAAACUGAGUUAAAUGCCAAGCUCUGGUGUGCUCUGCUGUUGGGGCAGCUUUGCUUCUCCUGAGCCCAAAUGAUGGCAGCUAAAGGAGACAGGUGAGAAUAUAGGACCAAGCCGGCUGCUUCUGACCUGAAAAGAUGGUGUUCUUUUCACACUUUACCUACUACCUGACUAUGAAACAGGUCUGUGCUGGAAGCAACUUCAUAAAAACAUCACCUCAUUCCCAACAUGACUGAAACAUCAGGGCCCAAGCAUCUGCUUGCUGUACUGCUGAAAGAAUUACUACUUUUGAGACUUUGGUGCUGGUUUAGCAGAUGGACAGCACAGCUGACCUUAACUUCUCCCUCAGUAGUUAGCUGUGAAUCUUCAGCUAUGGUGAUCUGCUCUCUGUACCUGUGCUUGAGUGAUGUUUAAAACACAGGAUGUUGCCAAAAUUAAAACAAAGUUCCCAGAAAGAUAA